AUCCCAACCUAUGACUCACAUGCGGGGGCGGAGACUCCAUAUCGGAUUCACCACGAAGGACUGUCCCGUACUCACUCGUCGGACGACCGUACUGUUCGCACAGAAAACUACCUUCAGCCCGACUCCAGCUGAAAUAUCGUUUUCCUUUAGCUUACGCCUCGUUUACAAUGUGAAGAAAAAAUGGCCGGAACAAGUGCUGAUUGGGUGGAGAUCCUGGAGCCACGCUCCCGUGAGCGUAUGUAUGUGAACUUGACCAGCGGGGAGUGCGGCUGGGAAGUCCCGUCAGGUGUUCCUGUCCGGCAGGCAGACGGUAACCAGUGGUGGGAGCUGUUCGACCACCACAGUGGCCGCUUCUACUAUUAUAACUCCACCGGGCGGCGCACAGUCUGGCAUCGACCCCAGGGCGCUGAUAUAGUGCCGCUCUCCCAGCUCCAGGCCAUGAGGCGGUGCAGCGAGGCCAAGCGGGCCGGAGGCAGCGUCGACAAGAACCUCCAUGUAACCACGGGGAGCAUCAGCAGCGUCGACAAGAACCUCCAUGUAACCACGGGGAGCAUCAGCAGCGUGGAGAGGAACCACCAUGGAACCACGGGGAGCAUCAGCAGCGUGGAGAGGAACCACCAUGGAACCACGGGGAGCAUCAGCAGCGUGGAGAGGAACCACCAUGGAACCACGUCGAGCAUCAGCAGCGUGGAGAGGAACCACCAUGGAACCACGGGGAGCAUCAGCAGCGUGGAGAGGAACCACCAUGGAACCACGGGGAGCAUCAGCAGUGUGGAGAGGAACCACCCUGGAACCACGGGGAGCAUCAGCAGCGUGGACAGGAACCACCAUGGAACCACGGGGAGCAUCAGCAGCGUGGAGAGGAACCACCAUGGAACCACGGGGAGCAUCAGCAGCGUAGGGAGCCAGGGCCGCUUCACACCUCUCCCGGAGCAGGACGGAGACAGCCCUGUCCCCAGAGCUUCGGACACCAAAGAGGAGGCCGACACCCCCGAGCUGGACCCGGCUGAGGACACGAGACAUCAGGGAGACGGAAGCAGCAGCGAAAACAGCACAGACGGCAGCAAAGACCCCCAGAGUGAUGCUUCUCAAAGAUGGCAGCCCACCCCGGGUUCUAAGGCAGCCAUGUUGGUGAAGGUGAACAGUAUGAGCCGAAGCCAGCCAAUCCCAGCCUCGCAGCAGCAGCAGCUCCUCCAGCACAGUUCACAAAGCAAAACCUUCACCCUGCACCCCCCUGGCAACAAGACCCAAGGAGGACACAUAAGCUCCCCCCAGGGAUAUAGAACCGCCCCUUCUGGCAAAAUGUCAGCUGACAGUCGUCAGGCGCAUCACCUGAGGAAGGCCAGCAAUGGCAGCUUCUGUGUGGUGACAGACAGUACUCAUCCCAGUCCGCUCCUCCACAGAUCUCAGACCAGCACUCCAUGUCCCGCCUCCCCCCAGUAUGGUUGCACUACCCCAAUCUACGACGAGCCAGUUACAGAAUGUCCCAUAUAUGAUGAACCCCCCACAGACAUGGAGGUAGAGGGGGCCCACCUUUACAACGGGCAACAUCUGUCUCGCCUGACACCCACCCACAGCCUGCAGAAACCCAGACUCCUCCAGCACCCGGGUCCACCCCACCCCGGGUCCCGACACAGGAGGAACCCCUCGGCCUCUGACUACAGCCCAGCUGGUCUGGAGUGCAUCAAGCACAUGAUCAACGUGGACCCCAAACAGGGGCUCCUACCCGGCUCUCCUGUCCCCACACACCGCACCCCUUCCCCUCCUUCCAGGCAGGAUCCCGUCUUGACCCCUCCUCAGCCUCACGCCCAGCUCCAGGCCCACUCUUUGCCCCAGGCUCGAGGUCAGCUGAGGGACAGGGAGCCAGGGACCCCGGGCCCCAGUACACUGGAUAAGAAGCAGAGCUGGCGGGUCCUGGAGGCCACGGUGCAGCGCGCCAUGGAGGCCCGACACAGCCGGCAGAGCAGCCAGGCCUCGCAGGACUUCCCCUCCACCACCCCCCAGCCCACCGGCAACUAUCAGGACUCUGGUUACUCCACCGGCCCCUCCCCGAGUUUGAGGCGUAAGAGCCGGAGGAGGAUGGGAGCCGGCGGGGGGGCGGGGGGCAGGCCGGGGUCGGUGGGCAGCACCGGGGAGCUGUGCGCCCUCAACGAGAAGCUGAUGGCCGAGAUGAGGGAGGUGGUGAGUCGCUCCAACACCAUGAGGGAGGUGAGGGCGGGGCUGGACCCGGAGGUCGGGGAGAGGGCCGUCGUACCACGGACACGCUCCCCCGCCGACUCUCUCAGGUGGUACGGGGGAGUCGGAGGGGGGUCGUCGAGUAGAUGCGAUUCACGAGAGGAGCUCAGCGGGGCCGCCCGGUCACUGAACAGGGCGGGUAACCAUGGCAACCCUGCGCUGACCCCUCUGGAGAUACCAGGGAGGCAGAAGAGGACGUAUGAGAAGGUGGACACUUUGGAGCUGAGCAUCAACAGCCAGGUCAGCCUGUCCUCACCAGAGACCCCCGGACCCCCAUCACAGACGAGCACCUUAGAGCUGCAGGCCCAGUUGGAGAGCAGGAAGAAAGGCAUGGCGGACGGACGCACCGCUUCCCUGGGCCCUCACCGCCCCGCCAGCCACGACAACAGAGAGGGAAGUGACGGGGCCGGAGGAAGAUCAUGCGGAUCCUCCUACCAGCUGUCCUACGCCACCCUGCGGCAGCCCCCCCCUCCAGACAUGGGCAUGGAGGACUGGGCUAGUAAGCACCUCAACAUGCACACACAGGGCCUGUUCAGACGCCGCGUCUCCAUCGCUAACAUGCUAUCGUGGAACCGCGGAUCCAUCAAGAAGCCCAUGUUGGUCACCAGCAACCGCGCCGUAAGAAAGGAGGCCUGCGAGAUGUUCAAACUGCUGCAGGCCUACAUGGGGGACCGGCCUUCACGUCUGGACCGCCGUCACUGCGCCCUCCUCAUCAUCACCAAGUGCUGGGAUAUGCCCGGGCUGCGGGACGAGCUCUACGUGCAGCUGGUGAGGCAGACCACAGGAAAUGCCACCCCCAGGAGCUUGGCGGCGGGGUGGGAGCUGAUGGCCGUCAGCUUGGCGUUCUUCGCCCCCUCGCCCAAGUUCCGCUGCUACCUGGAGGGUUACAUCCAGCGACACACAGACCCAUCCAGCGACAAGAAAUGUGAGUCUCAGACUGAGGAAGACGUGACUCAGUUCAUAUUGGACCAGCAGGAGUUGAACGUGAAGAAAAAUUCAAAGUCCAGAAAGAAGCGGAAACAGAACUCGGAUGACGAAGAAGGUCUGCCUAUCAGCACGUAUGCCAAGUUCUGCUAUCGGAAACUUCAGAAGGUGGCGAUCACAGGGGGCAAAAAGGGUCUGCGUAAGCCCACCUUGGAGGAGAUCGACCACAGCAGGCGGGCCAUCGUCACCCCCUCGCUGUUCGGCAGCUCUCUGGAGGAGGUGAUGGAGCGGCAGAGAGAGCUGUUCCCCGACAGGAAGCUGCCCUGGGUGCAGGUGCAGCUCUCGCAGUACGUCCUGGCUCUGGGGGGGGCUCAGACGGAGGGCAUCUUCAGGGUGCCUGGAGACAUUGAUGAAGUGAAUGCGUUGAAGCUCCAGGUGGACCAGUGGAGGAUCCCGGAGAACCUCUCUGACCCCAACGUUCCUGCCUCUCUGAUGAAGCUGUGGUAUCGGGAGCUGGAGGAGCCUCUCAUCCCGAUGAACUUCUACAAGCAGUGCGUGAAUAACUGUGACGACCCCGUGGCGGCCAUCGCUGUGGUUCAGUCUCUGCCCGAGCUCAGCAGGCUGGUGCUCUGCUACUUCAUCCACUUCCUGCAGAUUUUCGCUCAGCCCUCAAACGUGGCGAUAACUAAAAUGGAUGUGAACAACCUGGCCAUGGUGAUGGCGCCCAACUGCCUGCGCUGCCAGUCGGACGACCCGCGGAUCAUCUUCGAGAACACGCGCAAGGAGAUGUCCUUCCUGAGGAUGCUCAUCGUGCAUCUGGAGACCAGCUUCAUCGAAGGAGUGGUGUGAAGCCUCAGGUGCUGAAUCAGCAUCUCCAGUUACACCUUCAAUCAUGCAUAAACACUGUUUUCGGCUCAGACCACACUGGAAACCCUCGGGGGGGGGGGGGGGGGAAUACUACACCUCUGUUACACAAAAACAAAGUCAAAACAACUCAAAGUUUUGGACCCUGGUUCCCACUUGUUUUCCUACUGAGAGACAACACGCAUCACCUUUGGGCUCGCUGUUUAAUUUUCAUACUAAAAUCUUUAAAGUGGCUCAAAGUGGCUGCAUGUGAAAACAGGUCUAACUUCUUAUGGGUAGUAAAACUGUGUAGACUCUUACAGUAUUCACUUGCAAAGCGAAUCUAAAGAAAUUGUGGACUCAUUCAAGUGUGUGUGUGUGAUUGUCAGAGUGAACGAAAGACACAGCCUUCUUUCAUCAUGUACAGAAAAUGUUUAAAUAUAAGAAAAGUAAAAGAACUCUGGCAAUGGUGUCUGAUUAAUAAGCUUUGUUUUGAGUAGUUGUAUUGAAAGCUCCUCGUUUAACAAGAAUAAGAAACUAUAAAGAGACUUUCUUUCAAAGCUCUUUCUAAUAGUUGGUGGAGAUUUCUAAGGAAAAUAAAUGUGCAUUGAUUUUACAACUCUAAAGUGAAGCCAGACACCAGUGUUGGGAUUACAGUUUAUCAUAGCGAUGUGAGAGGUUGGUAAAUCUCUCAAUUGGAAGCGUGUUCUCUUUUGUUUGUGCUCUGUACGUGUUUUGGCUCAGGUCUUAUGAUAAAAACGGGUGUUGACCUCACAGACUGAACAUUUAACCGAUCACAAACCCUGUCUCGUUCUAUGAGAAUGUAGAUUGAGCUUUCCGUGUCCCCUCUCAGGCUUUGCGAUGUAAAUAAAUAAUGCGUGUAAAUAGUAUUAACUCUCCCUAAGUGUAAUCUAAUGAUCCAGGUUAAGGGUGAUGUAAAAAUAUUGCCGUUAAAAACGCAAUAAAAAGUGUUUUUUUUGUAAUUAACUGUUCAUUUCUCUGCUGUAACCGCCUGCCUUUUGAACAUAGGACUGACUCAAACCACUUUCCAUGUGCGUGUGUGUAUAUGUGUGUUUGCAUAUGUUAUAAUAUGGAAUGGCUGUCCAUAAAUAAAGGUUUGUUAAAAUUGUA